ACCGUCGGUGAGCGGAUCAACCGAUUCGAUCACCAAUUGAUUGGACGCCCUAAUCAUUUAGCGUCACCGCCUGAUUCGCGUUCAUCCACCGCCUCCUCCCCCCUCCCUUAUCGCGCGCACCGCCACCCGAUGGUCAGAGCGGCAAGGGAGGCCGGGGGUGGCGCGUGGGGAUGGAGCAGGGAGGACAACAAGGCCUUCGAGGACGCACUCACGACGGUGCCCGUGCCGCCGAAGGAGGAGGGGGUGGAGGGCGAUGAACACGGAGGGAGAUGGUGGGAUCUGAUCGCGGAUAGAGUCCCCGGGAAGACUACGGUGGAGGUGAGGCAACACUACGAGGUGCUGGUGGAGGACGUGGAGGCCAUCGAGGCCGGAAGGGUCCCCGUCUUACACUACGGCGGGGAGGAGUCGCCGCCUUCUUCGAUGUUACCAUCUUCCUCCAAGGAGAAGCAGCACCACCACCACCACAACCAACAACAAGAUCCUAAUAGCCACCCGGGUUUGACGGAUAGAAAAAAUGGGAGGUUUGACAUUGGAGGACAGGGCAAGAAUUGCUCCAAGGCGGACCAAGAGCGGCGGAAGGGAACGCCAUGGACCGAAGAAGAGCACAGGCUUUUCCUGCUUGGUCUUGACAAGUUUGGGAAGGGUGACUGGAGAAGCAUAUCGAGGAACUUUGUCAUCUCAAGGACACCAACACAAGUUGCCAGCCAUGCUCAAAAGUACUUCAUUCGACUGAACUCCAUGAACAGAGAUCGCCGGCGAUCGAGUAUCCACGACAUCACGAGUGUGAAUGGCACCGACGCCUCCUCUCAGCAGGGCCCUAUUACUGGCCAGGCCAACACAAGUACCUCAGCUAUUGGGCCAUCUAUGAAGCAUCCUUCACAAACCAAUAUGCAAGGGAUGCCAGUGUACGAGCCACCGGUCGGCCAUCCAGUCGCCGCCGGCCAUAUGAUCUCAGCAGUUGGCACCCCAAUUAUGCUUCCUCAUGGCCAUGCUCCAUAUGUCAUGCCUGUUGCUUAUCCACUGCCUCCUCCAUCAAUGCACCAAUAGUCCUUAAAACUUCCUGCGGAAUCGAAAGAAAUUGGAGAUUACAGGUUUUUUUUUUGGUGCAAUUAUAAUUCAGCAGCUGGUCACUUGUAAGGAUCAUUAAAGACUCUUCACUGUAAUUAUGGGUGAUAAUUGCCCUUGAUUAAUAUCUGUUGAACUAGUAGAGGAUGUCUUCCAAUUCCAGUGCAGUGCUCUUCAAUCUUCGCUGCCAGGACAUGAUUUGGAAGCAGUACUGCCAUUCAGUCCAAAGUCUACUCGGCCUCUCUAACUUCUGCCAUUUUGUAUAUAUUAAUUCUUCUUUUUUUCUGUACAAAGCAACUUACUUUUGCAUUAUAAAUAAAUAAAUAAUGUUAAAUUUACAAUCUUGAGUCGACAUUAGGGUUUACCAUUUUCCGAAGUCAACUUUUAAGAUCGGUAGCUUUUUUUCAUGUAAUAUGUCAACUGAUAGAAAGGGUAAUUAAAUU